AUGACGCAAAAUGGCGGCGCCGAUUUUGGCGCGCUAAUACAAGGUGCGGGGAGACAAAUUUUGAACCAAGGCGGGCAAGCCCUGCUUAACUAUGGUGCACAAGCCCUGGGUAAUAUCAUCAAUGAGGUGUUUCAAAAGAAGGAGGCAGAGCAUAAGCGGACUUUGCCAAGCAUCAAAAAUUAUAAAGUGCUCGGUGAAACCCGUCCUUCGUCCUUUGGUCCAGCUGCGUACCAGGACUUCAAGGAUAUAAGAUCAAGGUGCUUGUCUGAAGGCAGAUUAUUUGAGGAUCCAGAGUUUCCUGCUACGGAUCGCAGUCUUUACUACAAGGAGAGAUUGGAUCGUCCCAUCACUUGGUUGAGGCCUGGGGAAAUCGCCAACGACCCCCAACUGUUUGUUGAGGGGUACAGCCGUUUUGAUGUGCAGCAAGGAGAACUUGGUGACUGCUGGCUUUUGGCAGCCGUCGCUAAUCUAACACUCUAUAGAAAGCUAUUCUUCCAAGUCGUACCGGAUGACCAGAGUUUUGAUGAGGACUACGCUGGUGUCUUCCAUUUCCGUUUCUGGCAAUACGGGCGUUGGGUGGACGUGGUAAUCGACGACCGUUUGCCCACGUACAGAGGGAAACUUCUCUUUUUACACUCGUCCGAGAGAAAUGAGUUCUGGAGUGCAUUACUCGAGAAGGCAUAUGCCAAACUUCACGGGUCGUAUGAAGCGCUCAAGGGUGGUUCAACGUGCGAGGCAAUGGAGGACUUUACGGGGGGAGUCACAGAAAUGUAUGAGAUGAACGAACCUCCCCCGAAUCUGUACACUAUUCUGCUCAAGGCAUAUGAAAGAAAUUCGCUCAUGGGAUGCAGUAUUGAGCCAGACCCGAAUGUCCUAGAAGCGGAAACGCCCAUGGGCCUCAUUAGAGGCCACGCCUAUUCCGUGACCCGGGUGAAGUAUGUGGAUAUUGAAACACCGGGUCGCUCGGGCAAGAUCCCCCUGUUGCGUCUGCGCAAUCCGUGGGGAAAUGAGGCGGAAUGGAACGGACCUUGGAGUGAUAAAUCACCCGAAUGGCGAUUCAUACCCGAGUCUGAGAAAGAAGAGUUGGGUCUAACUUUCGAUGACGACGGAGAGUUCUGGAUGGCCUUCAAAGAUUUCUCUCAACACUUUGACCGUCUGGAAAUUUGCAACUUGAACCCAGAUUCCCUUGAUCCUGAAGAGUGUCCUGAGGGCUGUACUAAGAAAUGGGAGAUGUCGGUCUUUGAAGGGGAGUGGGUUCGAGGUGUAACAGCUGGUGGUUGUAGGAACUACCUAGAGUCGUUCUGGAAAAAUCCGCAAUACAUCGUUACGCUGACGGAUCCGGAUGAGGAUGACGAAGAGAACAAGUGUACUAUAAUCGUAGCCCUCAUGCAGAAGAACCGUCGCUCGCAGCGUCACCAGGGUCUCGAAUGUCUUACGAUCGGUUUCGCGGUAUACCGUCUGCCCGACUACGGGCACGUACCGAAACCACUGGACAUCAACUUCUUCAAAUACAACGCUUCGGUUGGUCGUUCGCAAGCUUUCAUCAACUUACGAGAAGUCAGCGCUAGAUUCAAGUUCGAGCCGGGUCGGUACGUCAUAGUACCUUCCACCUUUGAGCCAAAUGAGGAGGGAGAGUUUCUACUAAGAGUGUUCUCUGAAAAAGAUAACAAUAUGACUGAGAACGAUGAAGAUGUUGGUAUGGGCGACGUCGAUGAUAGGGUUAAGGAAGUCCUACCUCCAGAACCGGAGCCAGCGGAUCCAGUGCGACAGUUCUUCAACAGGCUGGCCGGUGAUGAUGGAGAGGUUGACUGGCAAGAACUAAAAGAGAUCCUGGACUAUGCGAUGCGUGAGGAAAUGGCCAUGCGCCACGGCGGCGCGUACGACGGAGGAGGAACGACGGUGUCUCCCCCCACUGAACAGAGUUGUCUCGAGCAGUUGCUCUGUGCCCUCUGUACGCCGAUCUGCAAGGAGCUGGGUGUAGACUUGCAACAGGUGGCCCAACAGAAUCAAGAACAGGUUCAUUUGAACCAACCACAGCCACAAGAACUCCGCGGCCAGGGUUUCUCUAAGGAUGUUUGCAGAAGUAUGAUCGCGAUGUUGGACAAAGACAACUCUGGUGGUCUUGGCUUCGAAGAGUUCAAGUCACUUUGGAUCGACUUGCGUCAGUGGCGAGCGGUGUUCCGUCUGUACGACACUGAAGGUCGAGGUGCUAUACCAGCGCAGAAUUUAAGAGACGCGUUGCAUUCAGCCGGUUAUACGGUCAAUGCACACGUACUGAACGUACUGGCUCACAGUGCCGUGAGCAGAGAGACGGACAAACGAACAAAAACCUUCAAGGGAAGAUCAUCUGGUGGCGAAUACGCAACGUUUUCGCUCGACGAAUGGCUGAAUCGCACAGUGUACUCGUAA